AUGACCUCCGUCGCAGGCAACGUCUCGCAGCACCUCCCGGCAGCAUUCGAAGUCCACGACCCCGGAUUCCUCAACAUCACCGGCCAGUCCCCCACACUUGACGUGCUGCUGCACAACGAUGCCUUCCCGUUCGCCCACGAAGCCAGCGUCUACAUCCCGUCCACCGACGAGCUCUUCCUAACCAGCAACAUCUACACCGACCCGGCCACCCACCACUCCACCAUCUCCAUCUCCAAGGUCGCCCUCUCCUCCCACCCCGUUUCCUCGCAGAUCAUCAACUCCUCCAUCCCGCUCCCCAACGGCGCCGUCAACCACAAUGACGGCAUCCUGUUCUGCGCCCAGGGCACCCUGAACCAAUCCGGCGGUCUGUUCCAGAUGUCGCUGGAUCCGCCGUACCGCGCGACCCGGCUAGUCGGCGACUUCUACGGCCGCGAAUUCAACUCCCUCAAUGAUGUCGUUGUCGCUGACGACGGCGCCUUCUGGUUCACCGACCCCUCCUACGGCUUCGUCCAGGGCAUCAGGCCCGCUCCCCAGCUGCCCGGGCAGGUGUAUCGGUUUGACCCGGCCACGCGCGGCCUGCGUGUCGUGGCCGACGGCUUCGAGAAACCGAAUGGGAUCGCGUUCUCGCCGGAUCAGAAAACUAUCUAUAUCACCGACACCGGGUCUACGAUUGGCGACGGAUCGACGGACCCGACUAAGCCGUCGACUAUUUAUGCCUACGACGUCGCCACUCUCCACGGUGAGCCCGCCCUUGUCAACCGUCGCGUCUUCGCGAUGGCUGAUACCGGCGUUCCGGAUGGCAUUAAGACCGAUACGGCGGGUAAUGUCUAUGCUGGCUGCGGCGACGGCAUUAACGUCUGGUCGGCUGGUGGUGUGUUGCUGGGGAAGAUCCGGGUUAAGGAUGGCGCGGCCAAUUUCUCGUUCGGGCGCGACGGACGGCUGUUUAUUUUGAAUGAGAAUACGCUCUGGGCGGCGCAGUUGGGGAAGGGCGUGAAGGGGGCGCUGUUGGGGGUUUAA